CAUGAUUGGGGUACUGAUGACCUCUGAUCACCCCCAGGACAGUAACUGCCCAGCAAGCCAUCAGGUGGAACUAAAGAACACGGGCAAUCUCUGGAUGAGCUAAGGGCCUGUUGCCCACAGCAACCACCUCCCGCUGUGCUGUAAGGAGCAGUGCAGCCAAGAGUGCGGCCAUGAUCAGCAACAGAAUCAGCUCAAACUCUGUGGACGUCUGCUGUGCUGCCAGAGACACUGUUCCCCUCACAGCUGCUUUCCCUCCAUUUUUCUGCUACUGGACCCUGCACUGGACAGACAAAUGGCUGCUGUGCCAGACUAUUAUAAACUUUUAGAGGUUCCUCGAGAUGCCUCCGACAGUGAUAUUAAAAAAGCGUUCAGGAAGAAAGCCCUGCAGUGGCACCCAGAUAAAAACCCAGAUAGCAAGAAAUAUGCUGAGCAGAAGUUCAAAGAAGUUACAGAAGCUUAUGAAGUGCUCUCAGACAAGCUGAAGCGUGAACGUUAUGACUGCUAUGGCAGGGAUGGACUCUCAGCAGCAGCAGUUCCUGAGGGAGAAGAUUUGAACUUCACCUUCCGCAGCCCCUGGGAUGUUUUCCGAGAGGUGUUUGGGGGCUCAGAUGCCUGUUCUGCCACAAAGGAUGACCAUAUUCCAUGGUACUUAAGAGGUCCCUUAUUUUCCAUCUCUAUUUCAGAAGACUCAGGUGUUUCAAUAACAUUUGGCCCCAAAAGAUCACUAUGUUUCUUCACCCUUGACCCCAAAGUCUUCAAUUUAAAACAUCUCCUAAACAGAAGGACUCCAGAAAAGGAUGCUGAACAAGUGGAAGUUAAGGAUGACAUUGAGCUGCAAUCUGCUGAAGCUUGUGGAGAGCAAGAAAACAACAACCUGGAAGAAGCAGCCAGUGAGAAAGAGGUAGAGUAUGAGUCAGCACCGGAAUAUAAGGAGGAGGAUGCAUGUGAGUUGGAGCCCGAUUGUGACUCGCCUGAUGAAGAAGAUGAUGAGACUCUGGAGGGAUACGAGCCCUAUGAAAGGUGGAACAACCAAUGUGGGGGAUAUGACAUGGAGAAGAACGAAGCGCCUUAUGCCUAUCUUUCAUCUUCCAUAUAUGGAUCACAAUAUGGAUGCCCCUCAUAUCCUGCUUAUGAGUCACCUUGCAGAUGCCCAUCUCCUUCAGCAUGCACAACGAAAAAUGAGGCAGAUUAUGAUUCAUGUGCUGCAUAUGAGACACAAAAAACAUGUGAGUGUUCUCCCAUAUAUGAUUCACACUGUAGCUACGAAUGCUCUCCUACUUAUGAGUCACUAUACGAGUAUGAAUUCUCUCCUAUCCGUGAGUCACAAUAUGCACACGAGUCCUCCCCAGGGCACAAGUCACAAUGCAAGUAUGGUACCUCACUUUACGAGUGGCAAUGUAGCUAUGACUCCUCUCCUACAUACGAGAUGCCAUACGAGUACCAGUACUCCCCUGUAUAUGAGACUCAUUAUGAGUAUGGAUCCUCUCCUGUAUAUGAAUGGAAUGCAGAACAGAAUGAGCAGCAGCCCAAACGCGCUUCUGAUACUGAAUAUGAGGUUCCCGCUACCUGGAACAAAUUACAGAAGGAAUGCAAGUCCCAUGCUGGGGGCAAUGAACUGCAUGACAAAAUAGAGCCACCUUCUGGAGAUGAAGUUCAAGGGGUUCAGGAGGUAGUUGCUGGGUACAGGUCAGCUCUUGGAAGUAAGGUGUCUUUGGGUUACAAUGAAGCAGCACUCAACUGCUACAGGGCUGGAAGUACAGCACUAGCUUUGCCUUCUGAUGAUCAAGGCAGCAGUCAGCAGAGUCUACCACCAGAUGAAACAAAGAAGCAGCCAUUGGGUGGUGGCUCGGAGAGAUUCCUGGGUAGCAUGAGGAAGGUCCUGGAUGGAACCAAGAAACUCUUGAAUAGAGGAAACCAGCUUCCCAAAGAUAUCAUCCAAGAAGAAGCCCAAUGGACUAGUGGCGUAAGCCAGCUUCCAAACAUCCAUAGCCCACCUCAGAUGGGAAUAAGGCAAGUGCCGAGUGGAGUAAACCAUCUCUUGAAUGGAAGCGACCCCUUUCUAGAAAAUUUCAGCUGGCCUAGAGGUGAAAUUAACCCACACGUGACCACAGCAAUGCAACCACAUAUCCCGAGAGGAGCCUACUGGCCACGAGGGGAAACAACUCAUCUUCCAGCUAUUACCAGAGGAUUUCUGGGCAGAGCAAACAGGUUCCCCAGCAGGUACAAAUUAUCUGCCUUUCCCUCCCAUUCCAGCUGCUCCUAUAACUCCUAGAAUGAGGAGAAUCUAAUAAAUCUUGGUGAGCUGGAAAGAUGCAUAAUAAAGGGUGGA